UGGGCAGUCCCCCAGCACCUGCGCCUGCCUUAGAUGUCUAUUGCUACCUCCACUAUCCCAUUUUGCCCAGGUAAAGCGUUCGGACAGAGUUGCUACCUUACUACUGGUAGGGUAAAGGGCAGCAUCUCAGGAUCCAAGCCUUCGUCCUCUUGUCAAAUCCGUUGCAUGUCCUUGGCUUCACAAUCAACAUGAACGCCUCGCAGAGCACAAGGCACAUGAGGCGAACAAUACUCCGGUUUGCCCUGAAGAGUAUCCUCGUAGACGAGAGACCGAAUGUAUACAAGGACCCUCAGCUGGUACUGAAGCCCCAGCUUGAGCUGCCUCCUCGCAGGCCGUACACAGGCUCGCGACCCCGGGUUCCUCUUUGGCGCCACUUUCUAAUGGUCCAUGUCAAAGACAAGGCAGAAGAACUUGUAAAGUUCGAUCUCAGCGGCUUCAAGAAAGUCCAAUCGGCAAUCGAUCCGACCUUACAGCACUGGGUUCGAUGCUCGCCUCCGGAGCACUCGUUCAUUUUUCAAUAUGCGAACGAGCUGGAGAAAGGCUCCCACAUCCUCAGAGUCACGUUACAGAACCGAGCCGACUUUGAAGCCGUUUUCAGGGAAUUCGAGGCAUUGGGGCUCGACAUUGUAUACGAACAUCAAGACAGUCAAGUCCAGAGCCAUGCUACCGCGCGCAGCCCCGCUGGAGAUCAGGGCAUGCCUGACCGGAUCCCAUGGGUACUGAGAAGCUUAGGGGAAGUGAGCAAUUUAGCUCCCCGUCCAGCUGCGCCACCAGACAUAGGGGCUGGCUUGUCAGCCACGAGGAGCUCACUAUAUCCGGCGACAAUCUACCGACCUCCCAGCCAGCCGGUAGGGCUGUCCGCCAGCUCCCGGUUAGGACAGGGAGGAUUGUCACCAGCAACCGUGCCCUCGCGGCCAGCAACAACCAUUGGCUUACCUGGAGUACUGGGACAAGGCAUUUACAAAGUCAGCAAACUAGGCUAUGGCUCUUUUGGGCGACCGAUGGUGAGGACUCCGACCAUGCUGGGAGGCCAAGGUCCCAGACUGUACACUGUCUCAAAGCACUUUGACAAGACAAUCGAUCGAAGAGAUAUUUACCUGGCGCGGAGACGGUCUUCGGGUGCAGGACCUGACGGCCCAGGGUUGGGUCUGUCCGAAAAUCCCAGUCUUAUGUCCAGUCAACCUGAAAGAACCUAUGAGCCCGCCCGGCAGUAUCUAGGCGCUCUGCAACUACAGGCAAGGCCAUCAAGUGACAUGGGAGCGGCUUCGAGGAAUACUCAAAAUCGCUCCAGACCAAGCUGGUUACACCGGACCGACAAUAGUUUAGAUCCAGCCCGUGAGUAUUAUCCAUGGACACAGUUUGUCCCAGCUCCGGCAGUCAACACGGGGAAUCAGCCCUUUCCUUCCUCUGCAGCAGAGGAUGCUGUUGGAAUGGUAUCUUCGCAAGAAUCCACAGCGGUAAACGACGACUCUGUCGGCGAUUAUUGCGACAUUGAUCAUGGGAACGACUUGCUCGAGGUACUGGACAGGCAAGAAUUGGGAGAGAACUGGCUAUUGCAACUCUUUCAAAUCCAACAUGAAGGGCUCUGUGAAGCGGGCAGGAUAUGGGACGAGCUUUUGGCGAAAGGUGCCGCGGAUUCAGCAUCAGCCAAGGGCCCGGAGGAGCUCGUUAGAAUAUUGUCAAAAUUUGAAGGGGAAUUUGUGAAGAGCUGGGAUGCCAUUGUUUCUACUACUGCGCGGAAAAUGAGAGAGGUACAGGCUCAAAAGUUGACUCUUUCGGAUGUGAAAUAGGCUUGCAUGCGAUGCAUGUUACAGGAAGAUAAAAUCUAUUCCAAGACUUUCUAUGCCCGUUACUGACAGAAGAUGCGAUGGGGCUGGGUGACGGGCGGCUCUUGGAGUUUCUG